AUGUUUUCUGGAUUUGGCACAGAAUUUAUGUCAAAAAGUAAUGAACGAGAAUCACAAGCACGUGUGAAAAAAAUGAUUUAUAUUAUGGACAGUAUGAAUGACAGUGAACUUGAUCAUCCUGAUGGAGCAAAACUUUUUAAAACUCAACCUGCUCGUUAUAAUCGAGUAGCUCGUGGUGCUAGUGUAUCAAUACGUGAUGUACAAGAUUUAAUAGGAUAA